AUGGCGUCAGAGAGAUUUUGUGGGUGCAAUGUGGUGACUGCUGCUGGUAUCGCUGUAUCACUUCAGUUGAUCAUCGAUUUGUUGUGUCUGGCCUCAGGCGGUAUCAUUCUUGAUCGUUACCGUACCUGGGAAUCAUAUUACACCCAACCAACGCCCAACGCAACCGAACAAGCUGAAUACACUGCUGCGGGAAAAACGCUCACUGUUCAGCCGAAUAGAUGGGCGAUGGCAUGGGUCGAAUUGGGAAUGGCUUGGUACGUGGCUUUUUGCACGUUUUGGCUGUUCUCUCUUUUGGUGAUUUGUCUCUCAUUCAAAUACUACCGUCCUGUUUUCGUCAUUCCCAAUUUCAUGGCGCUUCUCGUCGGCAUUUUCAUGCAUCUUUUUCGCUUUUGGUUUGUU